UCUCCCUUUUGCCCCCCAUACAGUUGAACCUUUGCCCUCACCUAGGGUUUUUCACUGAACCCAUAAAUUCAAUUUUUUGUUUGUCUUCAAAAUAUCCAAAAUUUGAUCUUGAAUAUAUUUUAAUCUAUAGAAUCUGUGUUAUUGUAUCUCUAUAUAUAUAUCUUUUAGGACUAAAAAAAGGAUUCUCUUUUUGCUGCUGAAUCAGAAGAGAAGUUAAUUGGAGAUCUCAUAAAGAUGGAAAGCAAGAGGGAUGGAAAUGAUGAAUCCUUUGUUUUAAUCAAGCAAGGAGCUGAGGCUCGGGUUUUUGAGUCAACAUUUGUGGGUAGAAGAUGUAUCAUCAAGGAACGGUUUUCAAAGAAAUACAGGCAUCCAACUUUGGACUCAAAACUUAUUCUUAAAGGGUUGAAUGCGGAGGCAAGGUGUGUGGCAAAAGCCAGACGGCUUGGUGUUGCUACUCCAGUGCUUUAUGCUGUUGACCAUGUUAUGCAUACUCUCACCUAUGAAUAUAUUGAAGGUCCUUCUGUGAAAGAUAUAUUUCUUGGCUUUGGACUAGUAGGUGUUGAUGAAGAACGGAUGGUUGAUAUUGCAACGCAAAUUGGUAAUGCAAUUGGAAAACUACACGAUGGUGGCUUAGUCCAUGGCGAUUUGACAACAUCAAACAUGUUACUGUGGAGUGCUGCCAAUCAGCUGGUGUUGAUCGACUUUGGCUUAAGCUUUACUUCAACGCUUCCAGAAGAUAAAGCAGUUGAUUUAUAUGUACUAGAACGUGCUUUACUCUCUAUGCACUCUUCUUGUGGAGAUGUGAUGGACCGGAUACUUGCUGCAUAUAGGAAGUCCUCGAAGCAGUGGUCAUCAAACUUGAACAAGCUAGCCCAAGUGAGGCAAAGAGGAAGAAAACGCACAAUGCUUGGUUGAGCUUCCCCAAUUCUGCACUCCACGUCAAGAGAAGAGAAAAAAAUCAGAUGCCAUGGAGAAAGGAGAAACCAAAAAACUUGCUCAUUGCAAAGAUCAAUCUGUAUUUGUUUCUGUCUUGAUUAUUGUCGGUGUGGCUGAUGCUGUUACCUAUUUGAAUUUAUACGUCUACGAUUCUCUGUAUUUUUAUUCAACUAUAACCAUCUGCGAGGUAUUUUUACUUCCCAUAAAAACUCAGAUGUCUCGAAUCCUUUUCAUUAUGACACUAGUUUAGACAUGUAACGUU